AUGUAAGGAGAAGAUUUGUUACCAGAUCAUAUAAAUGAUGAAAUAUAUCGUACAUUAGAACACUUAUAUUUAAGAUUGAAUGAGAUAGUUCGUAAAGCAGAAGAUGUAUUAGAUUUAUCUUAAUCAGUCUCUUUUUAAGCAACUUUAAAAAGACUUAAUACAGCUUCUAAAGGUGAAAAUUACUAAAAAGUUCCCAAGAAUUAUUUUCCUCCGCCUACUGAUUAAGAAUCUUUUGAAAGAAAAUUCAAAUUAUUAAGAAGAUGUGGACAUAUAUUAUCUGACACUAUGUUGAAAGUAAGAACCUCUUUAAUAGAAUUACAUGAUGCAACUCGUAAAUAGAAAUAAGAUAUUGUCAAAAUGAAAAAAGAUGAAUAUGCAAUUAAACAUGAAAAGUCAUUUCCUAUUAAUUAAAUAUAAAAAAAUGGAGUUCAAUAACAAAAGCUUACCCAAACUAUUUUAUUAGAUGAAGAUGAUGAUCUAAUGAUUCUGCCUAAAAUUGAAUUCGUUGUUGAAUAACCAUCAUUGUUAUCUAUUUCAAUUGCUUCAGAUCCUGUUUAUUAUCUAUCUUGUACUUGUUUACUUGAAAAUACACUUUAAUAUCAAAUCCCAGAAGAACUUAAAGUAUGUAUUGCUAUAGAAUCCUUAUAAUAUUAUGACAAAUUCUAUUUAAAUUCAAACAUCAUUCAGGAAUGUAAAUCUGCUAAUAAAAUAUUACUAUCAUUAAAUGGAGAUUCUAAUUGUAUUACUAGAAACUGUCUCUUUUAUGAAAAGAUUUAUUUGAAUAUGAUCAAAUAGCCAAUUGUUUAAUUAAACUUUGCUAGAAUCUAAAGAGGAGAGUAAUUCUAUUUUCCUCUCUUUUCUGAUAUUACAGAUUUAUUUAACGAUUAAACUUUAUUUCUUUAUGGUAUGUAUUAAUUUAGUAGAUCAAUUGGAAGAGCUUAAUGUUAAAAAGUUGGUAAUAUUAAAUAUUUAAUGAAUCUAUUGCAUACUUAAUCUACUUCAGGACUUGUUAUUAAUGCAUUUAGUACUUCUCUUGAUAAAAGCUAAUUUUUAAUUGAUUUUCUAACAGCUAUGAUUCAAUUAAAUGGUAAAGAAAUUGUUAUCGGACUCAAUAAACUCACAUUCUAAGAAUGUAAACGUAAUCCUAGAAUUGUUUUAGUUAGAUACACACAUAAAUUAAGUUAACAAGAUAAAGAAUUAUUAGAUUAAAAUCUUAAAGAUGGAGUUGAUGGAGGAUAUAGAAUUAAUGAAUCAAGUUGUAAAUUAAAAAGAACAAUCAUUAUAUUCAGUAAGGAAAAGAUUUUCAUACCAGAAAUUGCUAGAAAUCUUAAGCAUUGGGAAAUACCAAUUGAUUUCUUAAAAUAAUAAUGUGAAAAUUAUCAUUAUUAAUAUCUCGUCCAUUAUAUUGAUCAAGUAGUUAAAUGUAAAAUUUAAGAUAAAUUACCUAAAUUCUUUAGUGUUCUCAUCACCCUUAUCAAUUAAAAAACGAAUAACCUCAAAGAAUUUAAUCAAUCAAUCAUUCGGGAUUUUGAUUACUUCAUUAAAAAUAGAAAUUAUGUUAAUUACUUUAAUUUGAAGACAUAUCAUAAAUUAACUCAUAUAGAAAAUUACUUAUAAGAAUCUUUGAAAUCAUAAAAAUUGAUUUGCCAUAGCAAAGACAUUACAAGAUUAUUAGGAGUUGAAGAAGAAUGA